CUAAACCGACUGGGGAGAAACAGAAUUAAUCAACAUUAACAAACCCUCUUCGGUUUUCACUUCCCAAGUUCAGAGAGAAAGAAAGAUUGCAGGGACUGAAGAUUGGAGGAAAAAUGCGGAUACCCACAAGAUGGAUCCUGGAGAAAUGAGAGCAGCAGGGGUGGAGCAGUCCCAGAGGCCAUCAGGCCGUCACCCUGGUGAGGUUCUGCACCAGAGGAGCAAGCUUCCCUCCAGCAUGACCACCAUGACGAUCAGUGGCCUCCUCAUCAGCGCCGCCAUAGGGUACAUGGUGUUGUAUACCAAGAAAAAGCCAGAAGCCACCGCUGUGGACGUUGCCAAGGUGGCCACAGGUGUUGCGGACCCCAAGGAUACUCACCCCAGAAAGUAGAAGCUAGUUUCCAUAAUGCUUUUUUCUAUUACACAUGCAUGAAACAAAGCAAAUUUCCUGUUCUUAAGCUAAGUAAAUUUAAUGAAGUUUUCAGUUUUCU